GAUAAUGAUAUAGCACUGUACUUGUUCAGUCAAGGCACCCAAUCUCAAACUGAGUGGUGUUUUAAUUUGUCAUCACAUAUAACUUUUAUUUUUUGUUUGUUUCCCCCCUCACGUAUCUGAGAAGGCCUCGCCUCCCCUGAUGAGCUGCGUGUUCUUUUCUGAGACUAAAACUUCAUAUUUUGUGAAAGUUGAGCCCUCGUCUUCACAGAAGCCAAAUGUCUUCCACGUCCUCCACUCGCCCUCCUCCUCUCGUCCUCGUCCUCUUCCUCCUGCUGUGUCGUGAGCUGUGGGGCUUCGAGGCUCCCGAGGAUAAGCAGGAUGUGUUUGCGAGAAAAGCCUGCCCUGCUUUUCUGACCUUCACCAACGCGGCCCACCUGGCCGGAGUCACCGUGGAGCUGCCCUGCCACUGCAAACCACAACAGGUCCAGUCAGUCGUGUGGUUCUUCAGAAAACGCCUGGGCAGCGCCGAGGAGACGAGAGCCCUGACCGAUCACCAUGGCAACACGCUUCUGGACACCAGUCGGGUCCCUCACAGCGGCGACCUGCGGAGUCGCUUCUCCAUCCGCCUCUUCAGCCUGUUGGUCUUCAGGGCGGGGCUCGACGACUCCGGCAUCUACAUCUGCGGCUCUGCCCGCAAGGACUUCUUCUAUGCCUACGACCUGGACAUCCAGGAGGCACGCCGCCUCAGCUUCGCUCCAAGGCUCGCUCCGGAUACGACGAACAGGAAACUGAACGAGGGCAACGGACUCGGCUCCGCUCAGCCGCUGUACCGGGUCUUCACCAGCUUCCGGCCCUGGUCCGUGUGCGAUCGCUGUGGAGUGCCGGGGGAACAGGUUCGCGCGGGACUCUGCUACGUCCACUCCCAGUUCCUCCACGUGCGCUACAGACGGGCCAACGUGACGGUCGCUUCAUGCGGCUCGGGGGCGGUGCCCAGGGCCUUUGGCGGUCUCAAGCAGAGCAGGGUCGGGGCCAAGUUGGAGGUCAAAAGCUGUCAGGUGACUUGCCCGGCUCCACCUCCCCCCUCCUCCAAACUCCUUGCUCUGAUGGCAUUUCUCAGUUCUGCCUCCCUGCCGGUGGAGGUGCCGGUGUUCUUCCUGAACCACCCAGCGGACAGUGUCCUGACCCUAGGUUGCCCCGGUGCGCGACCUCACAUGGCCGUGGCCUGGGACCGGGCGUCUGAACCAAUUUACAGAUGUGAACGCUCAACAGGAAGUUACACCUGCGCCGCGCCGGGCACCUCCAGAGUGCAGAUAGACACCGGACACCACCUGGUAUUUAAUCGCGCAAAAAGCCAGGACUCGGGUGUCUACCACUGCUGGCUGCAGGGUCGCCGGGCCGCUCAGAUACGUCUACUAGUCUACGUCCAUUUUGGGCGGGGCCAGUCAGUGACAUCGCACCCCGACUUCCCGGAGGCCGUCAAGACUGUGUUGACAACAUACGCCGCCAUGACGGCUGUGUUCGGCCUGCUGGUGUUUGGCAGAGCUGGAGUGCGAUGCCUCAGAGACGCCGAAGAAACACACGUGGCUUAAACUGCAGAAUGAGACAUCAUUUCAAUAUCCGACACUGAAGGUCACACCACUUGGUUGUGUGCACGGAUGGAAAUACAAAAAAAAAAGUCAAAAGCUGUUAUUUAUAAUCCAUCCUCGCCGCGUGUCCUCGAGUGAACGGCAGGUAGAGACGACGCUCCGGCGGAAGAACCUGCGCAGGGAAAUAUCUCCAGCUCAUUUGUGUUGGAGGGAAAUGUGACACUGUCCCCUGAGCGGCGCGGCGCGGCGCUGCCUUGUUAAAGCCAUGAGAUCACUCUGCGUCACGGUGAGCUGCUUUUUGUAGUCGGCGGCUGGAGGGCAGGGAACAAGGCCAGGUGAGAGAAAUUCAGACCACCACACACACACACACACACACACACACACCGCGGUCAUUAAUCACCUACAGUUAAAGCCCCGCGAUGGCGGCCGCCCUGCAGGAAGAUGGAUGAACGCCGACUAGUUUCCUAACCUCGUUGUGGCCUCGCAAAUGCAGACAGAGUGUUACACGCUUCCUGCGGCGAGGCUACCUGCGAGCUGCCGCGCUGCACCGCCAGAUCGAUGAGCAACUUCCGGUAAUCCCUGAUUUCUUGCCGUUUUGUUGAUUGAUGCAAUUCGCCAAAGAUGUGAACGCGCUCAUUGCAGCACUGUGUGUGCGUGUGUGUGUGUGUGCAUGUGUGUGUGUGAGUGUGCAUGUGUGUGUGUGUGUGUGUGUGUGUGUGCGUGCGUGCCUCUCAUUUAACAAGGAGCGCUUCCAAUUUGACCAAAAAUUAGAAAGGCACUCAGGAGAUUGCAUACCUCCGCCGAGGUUCGACUGUCUCCUUAAAUUCAAGGAAGCUGCACCAAACAGCGCACACUCAUAAAUAUCAGCCUCCUUCAUAUGCCAGAUUGUUGUCAUCAGGAGCCAUGAAUUAUUAUCUGGGGAAAUCGGAAAGAAUGUGCCCCCCCCCCCCAAAAAAAACCCCCCAAACUAUCUCACAAUGUUAAAGAAAGUAAUGAAAAAUUAUUCAAUCUUCCCCAAAAUGUUAUUGGGUCAAAAAGGGGAAAACAAAAACCUCCUCGGCGAAAGUGAAUUAGUAAAAGUGUUUACAGAGGUUUCCCCGUGGAGGGUUCUGGGGAACGUUCUAGGAAGUUAAGUCUUCUUAUCUGAAUAACAAUAUUGUCAGGACGGCAGCUCCGUCGAAACAACUCAUGGCGACCUGCAGCCUCAACCCUGUUGUGUGUUGAACCCUUUGGAGACGGGCCUGGAGACGAGAGGCCCGAUGAGAGAAUCCGCCCGCCCUCCGGCCGGUGUGUCAUCGAGCCUCCCGCGCGCUGAAGGUUCUGGUCCGAGGCGCAUCCUUCGUCCUCUGAUGACCUUCAAGCUUAUCUGAAGGAGCCUUCCGUUAAGAUCUCAUCAGAGGCUUCCCCCCUUCCUGUUUCAUUAAGCCCAGUAUGAUUGUCAACACCUUUAAUUUCCUGUCCGUCAUUCACGCUCGCUCUUUAUUCAACCUUUUCCCCAGCACACAUUAUUUCCCGUCUCCUUCUUCUUUCUUUAUUCUACCUUGACAGUAUUGCCCUCUCCCUCCGUGUUUUGAACUCCUCCCUAUCCCAAUGUUUCAACUUUUAUCCUCUUUUGUUCACGCUCGUCCCCCUUUCCAAACCUCUCCGUCUCUGCCCAGUCGCCCCUUGCCCUUUGUGAACUCUUCUCCUGUAUGAGAAAUGUGUUUUCGAUUGAGGCUCGGCCGGUAUCAACAGUCUGCGGCUGCACUUCCUCACCGAGUGGAGCAGCUCAGCAGCAGAAUGUAAAUGAGAUAAAUGACUGGGGGGGGGGGGACACUUUGUCCUCCUUCCCCAGGUUAUAUGUUAUACUGAGCUAAAUGACCACAUUAGUCCAAUUAAAAAAAUAAAGCACAUUUUUAUGCUCUUUUUUUUUCUGCGUCAUGUUCGUUGACUCGCAGGAUUUCUGCUGUUUUCGUUUGACGCCUUUCGUUUGACACAUUUCACCAGAUCAUAAAUCUGUUCAUGCCAUCUAUUUAUUCAAUUUGCCUUUUUCCCGCCCGUGUGUUUUCUCUCUUCGUCAUCUUCAGUCAAUAUUGAAAUCCAUUUUACUUCGCCAUCACUUUUAUUUCCAUCGCAGCCUGCACUCGUCUCACUCGUCUCUGCCUGCCUCUCCAUUUCGUACCAUCUCUUCAUCUCUCCUCUGUCAUUUGGUCUCCAUCACUCCGCUGGUUUCUUUUUUUUCUUCCCCCCCUCUGCCUGCAGACACUCAUUCGCUCAUUCAUUCCUCUUACUUUAAGUCCACGUGAUGAAAAACCAUCCAUCAAAUGCGUCUCUCCUCUUUGGCCCUGCGUCUUCUUUUUAUUGUUGUUCCAGCCACCCUUGGGUGUCAUCGCUGUGAUAUCUAAGCGAUCCCUCUGGCAUUUAUUUCCUUCCCCGACAAUUUGCAUCUAAAUUAAACAUCCGGAUACAGAACACAGCGCCGCCAUUUGAUGGAAUUAUUGCGCUGGCAGAGCGGAGGCUCAGAGGAAAACUGAGCUGAACUGAUUCAUUAUUGCCACUGUUUUCUCGCUCACUCCUUGAUUUGCUGAUUUCUUUCAGUACAGAAUAUUUUUGCUCCUGUUUUACAGUAAUGAAGAGCCAUCUGGCAGAGGACCGCCUGUAUCUCUGGCUGUGCGUUUCUCACACCUGGGAAAUAAUUCUGAGCAUCUACUGGUCAGACCUCCAUAAGAAUCGCCGUCGAUUUUUAUGAUCCUCGAAUGAUGAACUGUAAUUGUGUCGGCCACCCUAUAACCUUUCCUCUAAUCCCAUCUAGUGACCUUCCAGCAGAGGAAGUAACCCUGGAGUUCAUCUUCCGUGUAUACAGUUAUUUUCUUGAUUGAUUUAACUCCAUUUGUUUGAUCAUCUUCAAAAUCCGAUAGUCAGGGGUUUUAAAGUUCUGCAAAUAAAAUAAAUUGGCUGAUGAAAUGUUUCAUUAACACAAAAAUAUCAAAUGGACAACCAAAAUACUUAUAAAUAUCUAUAAAUACUUAUAAAUAUAAUAAUUUUACUGUGCAGAUUGUUGUAAAAAUCUAGUUGUCAGUGCUCUCUCUGGUGUUGACACUUUCUUAUCGACUUCAGAUACUGAGCAUGGUCAAUAAACUACUGUAAGAGUGA